AAACUAAACAACAGCAGAAACUCCUCCGUUCAGUUUCUCCCGGUGAAGAAGUGCGAAGAUUUCUCGGUUGAUAUUAGCUUUUCUGUAGCUAAUGUAAAGCUGAGGACCCCCGCAGUUGGAAAGGAGAUUGUAAAAGCAGAGAAAUGUGGAAAUAGCCCGCUGCUCUUAUGGCCUUUGUGCCCACUUGCUCUGCGAUAUUGUCGGGAUGUUUUCGACCAACAUGGAAACAAAAAGAGCGGAGAUCCCCUCUGAGGUCCUGGACGACCUGUGCAGCCGGUUCAUUCUGCACAUUCCCAGCGAGGAGAGGGACAACGCCAUCCGAGUGUGCUUCCAGAUCGAGCUGGCCCACUGGUUCUACCUGGACUUCUGCAUGCAGAACAUGCCAGGCGCUCCCCACUGUGGGAUCAGAGACUUUGCUAAAGCUGUCUUUCAUCACUGUCCGUUUCUGUUGCCUCAUGGAGAGGAUGUGCAGAAGGUCCUGGAGCAGUGGAAGGAGUACAAGAUGGGCGUACCUACCUAUGGAGCAAUUAUCCUAGAUGAAUCAUUAGAAAAUGUGCUGCUGGUUCAGGGUUAUCUUGCAAAAUCAGGUUGGGGUUUUCCGAAGGGGAAGGUGAACGAAGAUGAAGCUCCUCAUGACUGUGCAGUUCGAGAAGUUUUAGAGGAGACCAGCUUCGAUAUCAAGAAUCGCAUCUGCAAAGACAUGUACAUAGAGCAGAAAAUCACUGAUCAGCUGGUGCGACUCUACAUCAUCCCAGGAGUAUCCAAAGACACCAAGUUUAACCCCAAAACAAGGAAAGAGAUCAGGAACAUCGAAUGGUUCCCGAUCGAGAAGCUGCCGUGUCACAGAAACGACAUGACCCCAAAGUCCAAACUCGGACUUGCCCCCAACAGAUUUUUCAUGGCCAUUCCAUUCAUUAGACCGUUGAGGGAAUGGAUCAGCAGGCUGAAGGGCGAGUCUACGGACAGCGACGAUGACUUGUUGAACAACGGUGGAACUCCAUGUAAACCUUCGGACAGCGCUCGGUCUAAAUCUCGACGCGUCACAGGUGCUGAUGUGUUUUCAGGAGACGGCUACACCAAACACAAACAGCAGAAGGGCGUGGGUCAGCUGAGCCAGUAUGAAAUGAGCCAGAACCCUAAUUUAAAAGGCAACGGGAAGAAAAGUCAGGACUCGCCUUAUGUGAAGAAAGGAGCCAGUGACAAUGGAGUCAACAGCCUGCAGGGGAGGAGUGUUUCAAAGGAUGAAAAAAGACUUCAGCCCAGGAGACUGCAAGACAGCUUUGACAGAGAAGUGGGUCCAUGCGGCUCCACCAACGGUCACCAGACGGCGGCUUACAGAGACUCGGACCACCUCAUGUCCUCCAAGACUUUCCUUAACUUCAGAUUCGACAGAGACACCAUCAUGAAGUGUUUUGACUACUGAUCUGAGCGCUGACUGUUCACCUCAGUCCAUCCCAGGGUCUUAGCCAACGCUCCCUACUGGCCUUGCUCUUUGGUUUUAAAUGAACUCACACUUGGAGUCAGGGGCUGCUCUUCUCAUUCUAAAAAACAUCCACUGACAUUUACUGGAGUUGUUAUCCUUUACAAACACCUAUUCCAACCUUUAAAACCGUUAACGAUCCAACAGAAUCCAAUCUGGAGGUUUUAUUUUUUUCACCUUUAAAUAAUGCUUAGAUCUGAUAAAACCUGCAGGAGUUCAACUCCUAGUAAAAGAAGGGCUGUGUUGAAAUAUUUUAAAGAGCAAAAGCCUUGAGAAGUGGAUUUUAAGCAGUUGUGAACACAUUUGCUGCCAUAGCUCUGUGUUUUUGGCCAGUAAAUCAGUGUUAAACUCAUGUCAUAUUGAUUUUUAAGACACUGAAAUAUUUGCAUUUCUAAUUUCCUCUGUUCUUUCAACUGUAACCAUUGUUCAGUGCACAAGAAAGAGUGAUAUUCAGAUUGGGUUUGGCUUUUCUUUGACAACUUCAGAUUUUAUUCAGAAAUUAGGAAAGUGAAAGAAUUGACAGAGGGGAUGUCUUAUUUAGAAUGGAAGUCUACAGAUGUUAAAAUAAUGUCAUUUACUAUUUUCCAUUUGUAUGACAGAAUAAAUCUUAAAAUCAAAGGUUUAUUUGGUUUUGCGCAACUACAACCGGACAAAUGAAGUAAAUUAUAAAGACAAAUGACUCAAAGUAUGUCAGUACAUACAACAGUUUCAUUCUAAUAUGAAUAGAAUCAACAAAUCACUCGAUAUUUUUCUUUACAUUUAAGGUUUCGCCUUUUUUCUAAUAGAAAAACUUGUGAUUUCAUUCAUAGUUUUACAGAGGGAGCAAUUAAAAAGCAAAAAUCACUUAUUACUGAACAUCAUUUCAGUGUUCACUGACUGUGAUGUACAAUAGAGUAUUUUAGCUACACUAUGAUAAAAAUAUAUCAUUUCAUUAAAAAAAGGCUAAAUAAUAUCAGAAUAUAGAUAUACUGUUUUCAAGAAUGAAGUCAUAAUAAUAAUAAAAAAUGUUCAAGAAAAAAGUUGUAAUUUUAUAAGGAAAAUAGAUUAAGGGAUCAGCAACACAAUGUGCAUUUCAAGUUUCAUCUUGGCAUUUAUUAUACAUUUUUAAAAUGAAAGUAAAAAUUUGAUUUUGGUUUUGUCAUACAUGUAAUGAUUUAAGUUAUACUUUUGACAUCAGUAGACGUCCAUACAUAGUUCAUUUAUGUCUCAAGGUGAUUUUAUAUCCUACCAGUCCUUUUUUUUUUAUCAUUUAUGUAAUGAAUGACUGUUUUUUUUACCUGCUGCAUUUAGAAUAAUCUGACCCCAUUCAGAGUUUUAGUCUCAGUCUUCAUAAACAACAUGUAAACUAAUAGUGUUUGGCUGCUGAGUGUCUGUAGCCAAUGAUGAAGGACCACUGAGUUAGAUUACUGUGAAUGGAACAGCUGAUUCAUACGGCCACAUUUGUGGAUUUUAGCUGAAUUCCUUAAGGGUUUUUUUCUUGUUUUCAUAGAACCAGUCCUCAAAGUUUCAUUGGAGGAGCAUCAUAAACAUGUAUGUAUGAGAUGACUUGAGAUUUUUAUUUUUUUUUUUUAAUGUUUGGGUCUUUCUUACUGAGUGUACAAAUGGCAAUCCCAGCUUUGGCUUCAGUGGGUUUUAGACUACCAAUGUGAAUAUUAAUAAAGACUUGUUUUUUCAA